AUGUCUGAAGAAGGAAAACAAAAAUCAUCAAUGGUCUCUUGUGACCGUGUUGAUGAUGGCACUGUUCGUGUGAACGACGAUGCUAUUCAACGCCUCAACGUCGCCCGCACCGACGUUGGGCAGCAGGAGGAGGAUGCCCGGCUUGCAACCACAGCCGAGAAGACAAUGACCGUCCGACAAGCAGUCCGCUUGUAUAAAUGGGCAAUCAUAUACUCAAUGGCUAUGAGUUUAGCUGUUGUUAUGGAAGGUUAUGAUCUUGCAGCCAUGGGUUCUUUCCUCGGCUACGACCAAUUCCGUCAGCGCUUUGGAACAGAGCUUGAUCCAGCUGGCAACCCUAGAAUUUCACCUGCCUGGCAAGCGGGAAUCCAAAAUGGUGUACAAGCAGGCUCUAUCAUUGGCCUCUGGGCUAACGGUUACAUCUCAGAGUGGCUUGGCUACAAGAAGACCAUGUAUGGCGCUCUGCUCGCGUCCGUCAUGUUCAACUUUCUCCACUUCUUUGCUCAGGAUCUCGGCAUGCUCGUCGCUGGUUCGGUGCUGCUCGGUCUACCGUGGGGAGUUUUCCAAACCCUCACAGUCACGUAUGCUUCGGACAUUACUCCCUCGACUAUCCGCCCUUAUCUGACCACCUACAUCAACCUGUGCUGGGUGAUAGGCCAACUAGUUGCAGCGGGCGCACUUCGCGGCUGCCAAUCUCUCGGCAACGAUUGGGGCUGGAGGAUCCCCAUCGCUAUCCAAUGGGUCUGGGUCCCCUUUAUCUUCCUCGGCGCCUAUAUGGCUCCUGAGUCGCCCUGGUGGCUCGUACGCAAAGGCCGCUACGAAGAAGCACGGCAGUCGCUUGUCAAGGCUACAACACCGCAGGCAGAUGUUCACUUCGACCCCGACCAGGCACUGGCGCUGAUCAGGCAUACCAAUGACCUUGAAGUAGCGAUGAGCGGCGGUGUCAACUACCUCGACUGUUUCAAGGGCGUCGAGAGACGCCGUACAGUUAUUGCUUGUGUUGUCUGGCUUACGCAAGCGUUGUGCGGUGCUGCUAUGACAGGCUACUCAGUACAAAUUUUCCGCGAGUCUGGUCUUGACGAGGAAGGUGCGCUCAAUCUCAAUAUCGGCCAGUACUGCCUCGGUGUUGUUGGUACGAUCGGAUCUUGGUUCCUGCUUCGUCAUUUUGGGCGCAGGACGUUAUAUGUCUAUGGUUUGAUCAUACUUUGUGCCUUCCUUAUGGUCAUCGGCGGUCUUGGAGUCAUCUCUCGUAACAACACAAGCGCGGCGUGGGCAUUGGGGAGCAUUAUGCUGGUGUAUAACCUCUUCUAUAACUUCACCGUCGGUCCUGUAUGCUAUGCCAUUGUCGCGGAAAUGUCUUCAACUCGCCUGAAGAUCAAGACUGUCGUUCUCGCACGCAAUGUCUACAAUAUUGGAAGUGUCUUCAACAACAUCGUUGUCCCACGCAUGCUCUCCCCAACAGAGUGGAAUUGGGCUGGCAUGACCGGCUUCUUCUACGGCGGGCUCACUGCUCUGCUUAUCACCUUUAUGUGGUUCAUGUUGCCAGAGACUAAGAGGCGAACGUUCGCCGAACUCGACGUUCUUUUCGAGAACAAGGUGUCUGCAAGGAGGUUUGCGAAGACCGACGUUGAUCAGUUUUCGGGACACAGCACGGUCAUCAAGAUUGAUAGCAAUGCUGGGAGUAGCAGCAAUGGCGAGAAACCUGUUGCGCUCAGACGUGAGGUAGUCUGA